AUGCUGAUGUUUACGACUACCGUUUCACAUGCACUGCCUGACAUGGUGAAGCCGGCUCGGAUCGCAAGCCCAUCCUCGUCCGUCGUCGACAUCGCGGCAUUCUUCAAGACAGCCGGCGAGACCGACAGCAUCGUUGGCGAUGCUCUGGAGGAUCUCGCAAACCUCUCGCUCCCCGACACCAACGACCAGGAGCAAGGCAUCUUCGAGCUGGACACCAGUCUCAACAAGAGCCUCGCUCCCAGCCGAUAUGAGCGAGUGCAUCUGGAGUCGAGCUAUGAGGAGGGCGGAGAGGAGCGGUACGUGAUGCGAGGGCGAUGGGAGGGCGUACGGGGGAAGUACAAUCGCAGCAUAGCGAUGUCAGCGAUGGUAUACUGCAUGAUGUAG